AUGCCUCACCGAGCGCCAUCCCCAGCGGCCUCGGAAAACGAGGUCGAUAUUUCAGGAGCCCUCCUCCAUGAUGGCAGCAGUGCCGGCUCCGAAGACGAUGGGCAAACGCAGCAUUCAGACCGCAAAGCUCGAAUGCUGGGACCUGGGGACAUGCCAGAUCUAGAAGGCGAUUUCAGUUCAGAUGAUGCAGGAUUCAUUGCGGAAACGCAAGCUGCGGUGAAUCGCAAAGCAUCGAACAUCAAGGGUAGAAGUGUGAAGGGCGGCGGAUUCCAGGCUAUGGGUCUCAGUGCGAUUUUGCUGAAAGCAAUCACUCGAAAGGGCUAUUCUGUGCCAACGCCAAUCCAGCGGAAGACUAUACCUCUCGUCAUCGACGGCCAAGAUGUAGUGGGAAUGGCCAGGACAGGUUCAGGAAAAACUGCCGCAUUUGUGAUACCAAUGAUCGAGAAGUUGAAGAGUCAUAGUGCUAAAGUGGGGGCAAGAGCGUUGAUCUUAUCCCCUAGUAGGGAGCUUGCUUUGCAAACUUUGAAGGUGGUCAAAGAGCUUGGGAGAGGGACCGAUCUGAAGUGCGUGCUACUUGUAGGAGGAGACUCGUUAGAGGAACAAUUCUCCUUUAUGUCGGCAAAUCCAGAUAUCGUGAUUGCUACCCCCGGAAGAUUUCUGCAUUUGAAAGUGGAAAUGGGGUUGGACCUAUCAUCUAUACGAUUUGUGGUCUUCGAUGAAGCCGACCGCUUAUAUGAAACAGGUUUCGCAGCACAAUUGACCGAGAUUUUGACAGCUCUACCUCAAUCAAGACAGACGCUACUGUUCUCAGCUACUCUACCAAAAUCCCUUGUUGAGUUUGCCAGAGCUGGUCUACAAGAGCCGAAUCUCGUGCGGCUGGAUGCCGAGAGUAAAAUCUCGCCUGAUCUUCAAAGCGCGUUCUUCACUAUGAAGAGUGCAGAGAAGGAAGGGGCGUUAUUACAUGUCCUGAGCCAUAUCAUCAAGAUCCCAACGGGCCAGACAGAGGCGGCAAAUCGAGCAAAAGAGGAAGCCAGUAAGAACAACAAAAAGAGAAAGCGGGGAGAAGUUGAUGGUGCGAAGCCGCACGAGUCCCCUACAGAGCACUCUACCAUUGUCUUUUCAGCCACCAAGCAUCACGUAGAUUAUCUUGCGGCUCUUCUGCGGCAAUCAGGGUUCGCUGUGUCUCACGCUUAUGGCUCCUUGGACCAGACAGCGAGAAAGAUGCAAGUCCAGGAUUUCCGAACCGGCAUGACAAAUAUCCUAGUGGUGACCGACGUUGCCGCGAGAGGUAUCGAUAUUCCCAUUCUAGCGAACGUCAUCAAUUACGACUUUCCAGCCCAGCCAAAAGUCUUUGUUCAUCGGGUGGGUCGGACAGCAAGAGCUGGUAAAAAAGGAUGGAGCUACAGCUUGGUUCGAGAAUCCGAUGCGCCAUACCUACUAGAUCUACAGCUGUUUCUCGGAAGAAGAUUACUGCUUGGUCAAGAUGGAGGCAAUGAUCCCAAUUACGCCGAAGACGUUGUUGUAGGCAGUCUGAUGAGGGACCGGCUAGAAAGGAAUUGCGAAUGGGUCAGCAAGCUGCUUGACGAAGACUCAGACCUGCUGGCACUGCGCUCUGUUGCAAACAAAGGCGAAAGACUCUACCUUAAGACGCGAAAUGCGGCUUCGAGCGAGUCUGCGAGGAGAGCGAAAGAAGCGACUGCGUCCAAGAGCUGGAUGGCGUUGCACCCGUUAUUCCAAGACGAAACAAACUAUGCCGAGAUCGAAAGGGCCAAGAUGCUUGCCCGUGUGAGCGGUUUUAGACCACAGGAGACCGUUUUCGAAAUCGGCAAGAAAGGUGCUACUAGUGAAGCUGCUGAAGUCAUGAAAAAGCGACGAAUAACCGUAGACAAUCAGCGCCGGAAGAAAGAUGCACUCCAACGUGCAGAGCUCGAGAUAUCUGCCGAGGAUAUCGUUCCCAAUACGCCGGUAAAAGAUAUCCACGAUCGUGGUCCUGACGAAAGCGAGCCACCAGAACUCGACGUAGACAUGGAUUCUGCAUCUGAAGACGAGCUCGAAGUGACCUUUACGCAGUCCGAGCCUACCAAAGGUGACCGAACUAAAAUCGAUGGCUACAAAGAUCCCUCGUUCUUCAUGUCCUACACGCCGACUUCCGUAAAUCUAGCCGAAGACCGGGGAUACGGCGUGCACUCUGGUGGUAACUCCAACAAUUUUGUCCUCGCCGCCCGUGAUGUCGCUAUGGACUUGGCGAACGAUGACGGGGCCAAGGGCUUUGCACAACCGAGCCGUCCGAGUGGCAUGCGUUGGGACAAGAAAAGUAAGAAGUACGUUGCGAGAGCUAAUGAUGAGGAUGGGAGUAAAGGCGCGAAGAUGAUUAGAGGGGAGAGCGGGCAGAAGAUUGCGGCGAGUUUUAGGAGUGGGAGGUUUGAUGCGUGGAGGAAGUCGAAGAAGAUCGACCGACUCCCGCGCACCGGCGAAGCGGAGACAGCUAGCAACAGGGCCAAUGGAGGAGGCGGAGGGAAGAGAUGGAAGCACAAGAAGGAAGAUGCGCCGAAAGAUGCGGAUAAGUACAGGGAUGACUUCUACAAGAGGAAGAAGAUGGUGGAUAAGGCGAAAGAGGAGAGGAGGGGGAGAUUCAGAGAGGGCAAGGGGAAGAGUGAGAUCAAAGGGGUUGAUGACGUAAGGAAGGAGAGGGGGAUGAAGGAGAGGAGGAAGGAGAAGAAUGCCAGGCCUGGGAAGAGGAGGUAG